AUGGGGCAAAGAGGUCAAGUAGGAUGCCUGUUCCUGCUUCUGGUGUUGAGUGAGUUGGUACCUGUUGAUCUUUGUGGCUCUGGUAGUUCCAGACUGCCCCUCAGAGGCAGUGAUUCUCCAAGACCAGAUUAUAAAUCUUUUCUUAAUCAUUCUUCAUGGGGCCAUGGAGUUCGUACUCAAUUGUUGCCUGUGAGGGUCCAGUGCCUGGAAAUGAAGUUGGUGGCAAAUGUGCAGAGAAACCUCUUUGGGAAGGGAAAACUGAUCAAUCCUUCAGAUUUAAGUCUUGGCCCUAGUGCCUGCCAAUAUACCACCUUCCAUGAAUCAAAUGAUACUAUUGUCUUUGAGAUAGGACUCCAUGAGUGUGGCAGUAAGCUUCAGAUGACCACGGAUUUGUUGGUUUAUAGCAUAAAUCUAUAUUAUAACCCAACUCCUGCUGGCAACUCCAUUAUCCUACGAAAUGGUCCAGCUGUGAUUUUAAUUGAGUGUUCUUACCCAAGGAGGAGUAACGUAAGCAACAAGGCUAUCCAACCGACUUGGAUUCCAUUCAGUUUUACACUAUCCUCACAAAAGGGGUUGAAGUUCACCUUGCAACUGAUGACUGAUGACUGGAGUACUAAGAGGCCUUCUAAUAGCUAUCAACUUGGGGAAGUCAUUUCCAUCCAAGCUGAUGUGAACACUGGAAGUCAUGUGGCUCUGAGACUCUUCAUUGACAGCUGUGUGGCUACAUUAAAAUCCAACCAAGACUCAGCUCCUCCUUAUGCUAUUAUUGAUUUCCAUGGGUGUCUAGUUGAUGGCCAGUCAGAAAAUGUUGGGUCGACCUUCAUCUCCCCAAGGUCCAAGCCAGAGACCCUUCAAUUUAUAGUUGAUGCUUUUAAGCUUUCAAGGGAAGCCAGGGAUCAGAUUUAUAUUGCAUGUCACCUGAAGGUCACUGAAGCUGCUGACUUGCCAGAUCCUUCAAACAAAGCUUGUUCCUUCAACAAAUCAAGCCAGGAGUGGAUUCCUGUAGAAGGUACAGAUGAUAUCUGUAGCUGUUGUGAAACUGGUAAUUGCAGGAAAACUUACAUACCAAAUAGACUGACCAGAAGUCACUGGAAAAGGAAUAAGUUGUAUUGGAAAGAUUUUCCUAGAAAAGAAAAUGAAGCUGAUGUGGUACUUGGACCUUUGGUCAUUUCUGAUGUGACAAUGCACCCCAGCAGCAUCGCUAACCAGGAUAAAACAGCUAGAACCAACUCCCAAGGUGUGAAGAAAGCACCUCAAACAGUGCUACUGACUGCUGGAUCUAUAGUGUUUUUCUAUCUCUCAUGCUAUUCACGUGGGAAGAUAUGAUGUUUCUUUUUGGUAACAUCAUCUAUUCUUAAAAUAAACUAAAGGACACUUUAAGAUCUA